AUGCCACAAAAAUACAAUGCAAAGAAUUCGGAUGAGGCUUCAAAUAAACAAGCAGCAAAUACAUCGACAAGUGCGCAUGCGUCCAGCGUCGAUCACGAGAACGUACUAUUAUCAACGGCCGUCGUGCGAGCAAUAGGGAAGUGCACAAUAUCAGUCUUAUGUCGAUCCCUAUUGGACUCGGGAUCACAAAGUAAUUUUAUAACUGAAGAAAUUGUUCAAACCUUGAAAUUAAAAAACUAA